GGGGGUCAGCUGUCCGCGAGCCCGUCUCGGAUUUCAGACUCUCUCCUCGUCUCCUGCAGAACGGAUCGAUCGAGGGAGGAUGAACAACCAUCACAGUCAGGGCCAGCAGUCGAGCGAGAGCAAGCACGACGAUGACGCCGCGCUCACCGAUUUCCUCGCCUCCCUCAUGGAGUACACCCCCACUGUGCCCGAUGAGCUGGUGGAGCACUACCUGGGGAAGAGCGGGUUCCAGUGUCCUGAUGUCCGACUAACAAGGCUGGUAGCUGUUGCUACACAGAAGUUCGUUGCAGAUAUUGCUAGUGAUGCUCUUCAGCAUUGCAAGGCAAGACAGGCCUCAAUAGUGAAAGACAAAAGGGAUAAGCAGCAGAAGGAUAAGCGCCUAAUCCUGACAAUGGACGAUCUCUCAAAAGCUCUGCGUGAGAUGAUCGAUGACAAAUUGCCCUUUAUUUUUCCGUUUUCAGUAUGGUGUCAAUGUGAAGCACCAGGAGUACUUCGCAGACAGUCCUUCGGCUGGGUUGGAUACUGCCACUAGAGAUGAAUGAGGGAUAAUGAUGCAAAAAGAUAUUCCUGGAUCUAGAGAAAAUGUCCUGGGUAAAACUUGUUUCAAGUUUGCCCUGUAGUAUGGUAAUGCAGAAAUGACGGUAGUUUCUUGUGGCUGUUUUCUGCUUAUCUUUACUUUUCGAAAGAAACCAUCAUGCUGUCAUCAUAUUGCUAAACUUGUAUGGAAAUCGAUGAAGGUGUCCUUGUUAAGGUGCCGGUGUUGCUGUUUUGUAUUUUUUGGGAUCGAGAUCGACUUUGGAGUGUUAUAAAGUGGAAUUCUGGGAAA